UCUGGUAGGAAAAGACAAGAAACUUCUCCUCAGUGGGGUGACGAGUGACUUCUCCAAACAGUGGAAGCAGCAGCAUAACAGAAGCAGCAUUACUGCAGCAUAUAGGAGAGGUGCUGGAUCCAUAGGGGAACAGUCUUUGGCAGUAUUUCAUACCAGCAGCCACAUGGAAUUACGUGAUUAUCAGUGGGAAGUAAUUGAACCUGCCUUGGAGGGCAAGAAUAUCAUCAUCUGGCUGCCAACAGGCGCAGGAAAAACCCGGGCAGCUGCCUAUGUUUGUAAAAGGCACUUGGAAAGCCAUGGAAAGAGCAAGGUGGCUGUGUUAGUCAACACGGUCCCACUAGUGGAUCAGCACCUAAAGAAUGAGUUCAGCUUCCUGCAGAAUCGUUUUAAUGUUAAAGCCAUCAGUGGUGAAAGUGUCCAGAAAAUGAUCUUCUCAGACAUAGUGAAAAACAAUGACUUGAUCAUCUGCACGGCAAAGAUUCUACAAAAUGCCAUGAACAGUCAAGAUGAGGAGAUGCAUGUGGAGCUGACAGAUUUCUCUUUACUGGUGAUUGAUGAGUGCCAUCACACUCACAAAGAAACCACCUACAACCAGAUUAUGAAAGACUAUUUGGAACGCAAGUUGAAAGGCCAGCAGAAUUUACCACAGAUCCUGGGACUCACAGCCUCUCUGGGCACAGGAGGUGCUAACUCUUUAGUGGGAGCUCAGGACCACAUCUUACAGAUCUGUGCAAACCUGGACACUGAAAAAAUUAUGUCAUCUGAUAAACAUAAAUUUUACCUUGAUACCCGCAUCCCGCAACCCAAGAAGCAGUACGAUCUGUCUGAUCCAAGGUUAAGGGAUCCCUUUGGACAAAAGCUCAAGAAGAUAAUGACUGAGAUCUAUACUUAUCUGGAGGUGCCAAACCUGACCACAAAUUUUGGUUCCCAAAUCUUUGAGCAACAGAUUGUGGAGAUCGAGAAAGAAGGAGCAAAAGAAUUUUGCCAAAAGACCCGUGUGUGUGCCUUGCACCUCCGUAAAUAUAAUGAUGCCCUGUUAAUCAAUGACACUGUUCGCAUGAUUGAUGCCUUCAACACUUUGGAUGAGUUUUAUGAAAUGGAAAAUGCUGUGAAAGUACUACAGCACCCAGCUGAGCGCUACCUGGUUGGCAUCUUUGGCAGGAACAGAGCAGAGCUUUUGGCCUUAGCUGAAGACAGAAGAAAUGAAAAUCCCAACCUUGAGAAGCUGCAGCAAGUCCUCCAGGAGCAAUUCCAAGAACUGAAGGAGUCACGAGGAAUCAUUUUCACUCGGACACGCCAGAGUGCUCAUUCCCUUCACCAGUGGGUAAAGGAUAACCAAGCUUUAUGUGAACUUGGGAUCAAGGCUGCUGUUUUGACUGGGGCUGGAUAUAGCAACCAGACAAAACACAUGACACAGCUAGAGCAGCAAAAUGUCAUCCACAAUUUCCGCAAGGGAGCACUCAAUCUGCUGUUGUCAACCAGUGUGGCUGAAGAGGGUCUGGACAUCCCCGAGUGUAAUAUUGUGGUCCGCUAUGGGCUGAUGACAAAUGAAAUUGCCAUGAUGCAGGCCAGGGGCCGUGCCCGUGCCCCAAACAGCAUCUGUUCUGUUUUGGCCAAGGCCAACAGCAAAGAAGUGGCCCGGGAGAAACUCAAUGAGACCCUAGAGGUUCUUAUGGAGAAAGCUAUUGAACGAGUGCAGCAGAUGCCUGAGCGUGAAUAUCGCCUGAAGAUUGCAAAGCUUCAGCAUGAAACUGUUGUUAUCCAUAAAGUGCGGGAUGCUGGACGUGAACAGCUACGCCAGCUCCAUAAUCCAGACCAUGUGCGCCUCUACUGCAUCAACUGCAAUGUAGCUGUUUGCUAUGGUAGCGACCUGUGCAAAAUUGAGAAAAUGCAUCACGUAAACAUCAACCCUAACUUCAGGUUCUACUAUAAAAAAUCACCUAACCAUGUUCUAGUUCCUCGUCAGUUCAAGGACUGGAAACCUGGCAGCUCCAUCAGCUGCAAUGCAUGUGGGCAGGCUUGGGGAAUGGAAAUGAUCUACCAGCAAAGCACGCUGCCUAUGCUUUCCAUUAAAAACUUUGUGGUGGAAACACCAGAUGGCCGAAGGAUCUUCAAGCAGUGGAGCAAAGUUACCUUUGAUAUUAAGGAGUUUGAUUAUACUGAAUUUUUCAGAAACAACAACUUGCUGGAUACCCAAGACUCUGAGAACUAGUAAAUCGUUGGGAUAACUUUGUUCCUCAACAAAUCCAUAAUCUGCACCCACCUUACAUGCCACUCCAUGACUUGAGUAGGCAUAUCCUCGUUACAAUUCAUGGUUUGAGAAAUCCCUCUCAAUCGCUUGGUUGCAAUCUGCCGUUGGGCAAACUGGAUUUGUUUACAGACCCAGUAUUGUCUUUGCUAGAAACUUUAAAUAAUGUAAUAAUACUAAUAAACACUUUGGAGAUGAAAAUUAUACAAGCAACACCCCUAAGCAGUAACAUAAAUGAAACAUCUCCAGGGAAAAUCGGUGUUAGUUACAGCAGCUGGCUGCUAGCUGAGAAUAUAGGAAUCUCAGUUGAGUCUUUCCUUUAGCUAUUAAUCUUUCUGGCCUAAUUUACAAUUAAAUGAUGAGCCUGUUUGGUUGUAUUGUUUCAGACAACAGGUGGUAGGAACAUGUGACUUAAUGCUCUUUCUUACAAAAUUAUUUGCUUCACAUAAAAAUAAUGUAUCAGGGAAAGGAUUGCUUGAGUCUAGUUUAUCUCUUAAGUUUUGUUGUUGAUACCCUGUUUUAACAGUCUUGCUAUGGUAUUGCAAACUCAGGUCAUGCUUUCAUGACUGAGUCUAACCAUCUAUAAUGUAGUCUUCUUUUCCUACUGCCUUCCAACUUCACCCAGCAUUAUAAUAUUUUCUAAUGAGUUAUGUAUGUCAUCCCAUGGUACUUCCAAAGUACUCAGUUUAGGGAGUCUUCAGGCUUGAUUUACGCUUGGAUUCAUUUAUUUAUCUUUUUGGCAUUCCACAGUAUAUCUGGCAGUGGAUUCACUAGGGUUGGCAUCACCUGGUGUGGUAACUCAUGGUAUAGUCCCCCAUUGACCUCCUCCCAUACCACAACAUGCAGAAUCCUUAGUAAUGGUUUUUGUACCAAUGUUACUCAUAAGUCGUAAUUCCCGCAUGUCACUGAAUGUAAUGGUAAUAGCUGUGACAUAAACAACUAGCAGAAUUAAAGGUAUACCUUUAACUUACAAUAUUUUAUGCAUACCUAAAUGUGUUUACACAUACCGAGUUUCAUGUGGUUAAAGUGAAAAUUUGGUAAGAUGCAAUGUUUUUAAAGAAAAUUUAACAAGAUUUUUUUUGUACAUUAAAUUUUUAAAAGAACCUUAGGGACGACUCCCUUCUCCUCCCACUGAGUCUGACCCCACUCAUACCAUUUCUUUAGCAUUUUGAUGGGAUAUGGCAGAUGCCGUAGCCUGUGUCUGCCCAAAGGUAGAUAUUUAGGGGUUAGUGGUGUAACCCCCCUUAGGAUGUCACCUGGUGCACCUUGCCUUUCCUGCAUUCCCCUAGUGAUGCCCCUGAUCUCUGGAACUCUCCUCAGCACCAAAUUUGAAAUUGACGGGAUACUUGUUUAAAUAAAAGGCUUCUAGUAACUUAUACUAUGCUGAAAUAUAGCAUUUUCUUCACUUAAUUAUUCUCUAAAUAUCCCUUCUACAUCAAAGCAUCAGCUGUAGUUUCUUCUUAAUUCUUUGCCAUUACCAGUGUGGUCAAUCUUUAUUUUAAACCUACUCUGAAUAGAAAUAGAAAUGAACAAGAGCACCAAAGUCACAAAGAAUAUUUGUUGUUUUAAUGAUGCUUUUAUUUUACAGGAUACAAAUUCUUUAAGUUUUCAACAAGAAUUAAAGUGCAUAAUUUUACAGUAAUCCAGCUUUCGUCUUUAUCAACCAAAUAUACAUAUGUUACAGAAAUAUAUACAAGUAUCUGCAGGUAUUUUACAUUCAUAUACAUAACAAUAAAUGGAAAAAUUAACCA